AUGACUGUUUUUAGGAUUUUCAUUUUGAUUUUCAGCACCAUGUUUACAGUCCAAACUGGUAGACGCUGGGUCACUGCACAAUCCCUCACAGAGCCACCAGUUUCCCAGCCUGAUAAAGAGCUCAGUGUGAAUAUCGGAGACUCGGCUACUUUGCGGUGUUGUAUUUCUGAAGAUGAAUUUGGGAUGACAGCCUGGUUUAAGCAAAAAGACAGAAAACCACCUCAACUUAUGAUCAAGUUCUUUCUGACGUCUAAAGAAAUGUUUUAUAAUGAAAUCGAAACGGCUCGUAUUAAAAUGGAAAGAUCUUCUAACUGCAUUAAUAUGACCAUUUUAAACAUCAUUCAGUCUGAUGAAGCCAUGUACUACUGUGCAGUAUUGAUGACACACAACCCCGUGUUUGGAGAUGGAACUUACUUAAACAUUAACGGUAGUUAUUAUGUUAUUUCAUCAGAAACAUCUAAACCUGCCCUAUGUGAUAAUUCAGUGGUGAGUGUACCAACACUGCAUAGAAACAACACUAACAUGAACACACAAGAGAAAACAGUGGUCGCUUUAGGAACGGCUUUGGGUUUGUGCGCACUUCUGAUUUUCUUUCUCACAUAUUUCAUACUGAGGAGAAGAAAAUUGAACAACUUUAGAGAUUCUCCAGGAACAUGGCAGGAACCUGAAGCUGAAACACUGAAUUAUGCAGCUUUGCAGUUCUCAAAGAGAAAAGCCAAAGCUGAAGAAAAAAGGAAACCUGGCUCAUCAGAUGGGUGUGUGUACUCUGAUGUGAAGAAAUCUGCAAGCCUGGGAUGCCUGCAAAACCGCCAUUGUGUGCAGCACCGCAUCGGCUUGACCUAUGGCCACGUAGGCCUUCCAUAUAAGGGCCAACGUGGCCUGAAAGGGCUUUGA